AUGCCUAAUCGGAUACUGGUGAUCGGGCUGCUAGCCGGCUUCUUGCCAGCGGCCCUCGGCUGUAUGGCCGGCUACGAGGACGAGCGGGAUCGUCUGCGGGAACAUCUCGGAAUCGAGUGGCUGCCGCACGGGUUGGAUAAAACUGCCGUUAGCGACAAGACGAUCCGCCGGUCGACAGAUUUGAAUUGUGACUUUAGCAGCCCAAAGGAGUGCCGGUGGAAAAAUAUGGAGGCGAGGCACGAGAUGGAUUCGCUGGAUUUUCAUCUUUUUGAAAAGGUGGACUGGACGGAAUUCCCAGCUCUGCAAGUCAGACCCGGCCCCAGCAAAGUGGCCCAGGGCGAUAAGAUGAUCUUCACUGGCGAUAGGAAAAGAGAAGAACAAUCUGCCAUUUACUACAGCUCUCCCAUCGGCUGCCAGAAUGCCACCGGGAAUUUGACGUUUACCUUCUGGGUGUACAAUGAUGCCCGGGUGGAGGUGCUGCUCCUCGAGGAUCGGCCGGGCGGCAAGCUGAAGGAGCUGGCCGAGAAGCCGUAUGUUGAUUGCGGGACAAUCAGUCUGAACACCGAGUGCCACGCCGACAUCCCAGCUCGGCAGACGCCCUUCCGGUUGGCCAUCCGGGCCUAUGAUAUUGCCAAUAAGGAAGGCUCCUUCGUGAUGGUCGACCAAAUCAUGUACUCGGCACCGUUGUGUAAUGUUGGAGUCGAUCUCGGCGACAACUUCUCGACAAAGCCGCUGAUCACAGCAGCUAUGGGCAAGGACAUCUCUCUUGCAAGCCAGCUCGACUGCGCCGAUUUCGACGAGAAAUGCCGGUGGAGGAGUGGCGGCCAGUCAGAUAAGGGCUCCGUCUGCCCGGCCUUCGCACGCCAAUUCGCCUCCAAACAUUUCAGCCCAGCCGUCGAGCACCCGGACCCGAACGUGUGCCGCCUGUUGUCCUGCGACUUCUCCCAUGGCCACGCCUGUCUCUAUACGCACAAUACCGUACCCGGAUCGGCUCCGUUCAGGGUAACCAAUGCCGGUGCUCGAGCCACGAUCUCAAAAGGGCGCCCGGUAGCCGUCCUCGAGUCGGUCCCAUUCCGCCUGAAUACCAUUGGACGGUUGCACUUUACGUAUGCCACUACGGGCGAUGCUUCGCUGUAUGUGUGCAAUGACAGUGUGAAAAAGGAGCUGGAGAGUUGCUUCAAGGUGGAAGGCUCGGAUGGAGAAGAUUACAUCGAGCUGCUGCCGAGUGAUACAAAGGUGUACUUGAUCGGCCGCCUCUCCGAGCAUUCACUCGACUUGGGCUCGUUGCGGAUCAUGAACUUGACGCUGACCGAUACCAUCGACGAGCCGGCAUGC